GUCGGUUAGGUAGCUCUAAAAACUCGUAACUCCACAACAGCUCAAUCGAUUUUCGAGAGGUGGGGUAAGCCUGGAAGGCUCAGCCGGCUUAGCUGACGAGCAACCUGGGAUUUGCAGUUUCCAGCGCCCGAAGCGGGCCCGCUCGCAGAGAGCUCUUGGACUCUAAUCCCGCCCCUUCCCGAGCCUCGCGCAUCCUGAUGGCGUCACGCGGCCCCGCGAGGUCUCUGGGAUACGCGGUAGUCCUGAAGCCGGGUCUCACUCUUGGCCGCUGCAACUUGAGGACUACACUUCCCAGGAGGCAGCGCGGCGGCGCGCCGAGAACCACCCGAGGUCGUGAUUGGCUGGUGAGCCGGCCGCACGCGGAGGAGCCCAAGGAGCAGCUCUGUUGCGACAGAGGCCGAGCAGCAAGGCCCAGCACCUUGAAAGAACAGUUAACCUACCCCUGUGGGUCAUCAUCAUGCCCUCCGACCUGGCCAAGAAGAAGGCAGCCAAAAAGAAGGAGGCUGCCAAAGCUCGACAGCGGCCCAGAAAAGGACAUGAAGAAAAUGGAGAUGCUGUCACAGAACCACAGGUGGCAGAGGAGAAGAAUGAGGCCAAUGGCAGAGAGACCACAGAAAUAGAUUUGCUGACCAAGGAGCUAGAGGACUUUGAGAUGAAGAAAGCUGCUGCUCGAGCUGUCACUGGCGUCCUGGCCUCUCACCCCAACAGUACAGAUGUUCACAUUAUCAACCUCUCACUCACCUUUCAUGGUCAAGAGCUGCUCAGUGACACCAAACUGGAAUUAAACUCAGGCCGUCGUUAUGGCCUCAUUGGUUUAAAUGGAAUUGGAAAGUCCAUGCUGCUCUCCGCUAUUGGGAAACGUGAAGUGCCCAUCCCUGAGCACAUUGACAUCUACCAUCUGACUCGAGAGAUGCCUCCUAGUGACAAGACACCCUUGCAGUGUGUGAUGGAAGUUGACACAGAGCGGGCCAUGCUGGAGAGGGAGGCAGAGCGGCUGGCUCAUGAGGAUGCGGAGUGUGAGAAACUCAUGGAGCUCUACGAGCGCCUGGAGGAGCUGGAUGCUGACAAGGCAGAGAUGAGGGCCUCGCGGAUCUUACAUGGACUGGGUUUCACGCCUGCCAUGCAGCGCAAGAAGCUAAAAGACUUCAGUGGGGGCUGGAGGAUGAGGGUUGCCCUUGCCAGAGCCCUCUUUAUUCGGCCCUUCAUGCUGCUCCUGGAUGAGCCCACCAACCACCUGGACCUAGAUGCUUGUGUGUGGUUGGAAGAAGAACUAAAAACUUUUAAGCGCAUCUUGGUCCUCGUCUCCCAUUCCCAGGAUUUUCUGAAUGGUGUCUGUACCAACAUCAUUCACAUGCACAACAAGAAACUGAAGUAUUAUACGGGUAAUUAUGAUCAGUAUGUGAAGACGCGGCUAGAGCUGGAGGAGAACCAGAUGAAGAGGUUUCACUGGGAGCAAGAUCAGAUUGCACACAUGAAGAACUACAUUGCGAGGUUUGGUCAUGGCAGUGCCAAGCUGGCCCGGCAGGCCCAGAGCAAGGAGAAAACGCUACAGAAAAUGAUGGCAUCAGGACUGACAGAGAGGGUCGUGAGCGAUAAGACACUGUCAUUUUAUUUCCCACCAUGUGGCAAGAUCCCUCCACCUGUCAUUAUGGUGCAAAAUGUGAGCUUCAAGUAUACAAAAGAUGGGCCUUGCAUCUACAAUAAUCUAGAAUUUGGAAUUGACCUUGACACACGAGUGGCUCUGGUAGGGCCCAAUGGAGCAGGGAAGUCAACUCUUCUGAAGCUGCUAACUGGAGAGUUACUACCCACAGAUGGCAUGAUCCGAAAACACUCUCAUGUCAAGAUAGGGCGUUACCAUCAGCAUUUACAAGAGCAGCUGGACUUAGAUCUCUCGCCUUUGGAGUACAUGAUGAAGUGCUACCCGGAGAUCAAGGAGAAGGAAGAAAUGAGGAAGAUCAUUGGGCGAUACGGUCUUACUGGGAAACAACAGGUGAGCCCAAUCCGGAACUUGUCAGAUGGGCAGAAGUGCCGAGUGUGUCUGGCCUGGCUGGCCUGGCAGAACCCCCACAUGCUCUUCCUGGACGAACCCACCAAUCACCUGGAUAUCGAGACCAUCGACGCCCUGGCAGAUGCCAUCAAUGAGUUUGAGGGUGGUAUGAUGCUGGUCAGCCAUGACUUCAGACUCAUUCAGCAGGUUGCACAGGAAAUUUGGGUCUGUGAGAAGCAGACAAUCACCAAGUGGCCUGGAGACAUCCUGGCUUACAAGGAGCACCUCAAGUCCAAGCUGGUGGAUGAGGAGCCCCAGCUCACCAAGAGGACCCACAACGUGUGCACCCUGACAUCGGCAUCUCUGCCAAGGCCAUGAGCAUCAUGAACUCGUUUGUAAACGAUGUGUUUGAGCGGCUGGCGUGUGAGGCUGCCCGGCUGGCCCAGUACUCGGGCCGGACCACCCUGACAUCCCGAGAAGUCCAGACAGCCGUGCGUCUGCUGCUGCCUGGGGAGCUGGCCAAGCACGCUGUGUCCGAGGGCACCAAGGCUGUCACCAAGUACACCAGCUCCAAGUGACCCAGGGUCUGACAAAAAUAAAGGCUGAACUGUU